AUGCCUCCUCACCUAAUAUGCUUUUCUUUUUGCCACUCCCUGCAGCUGGCCGACUUGGGAAUAGCCGAACCCCCCUACACCGUUUUCAACUUUGCAACGGAAGCUGCCAACACCACUGACGUCUUAGAGGAUGAGCUCAGGAAAAAGGAGAACAAAGCCAUGAGGCGAUUCAGGCACGACUUAGUAGGGAAAGAUAACUUCAGCACGAGGGUUCUCAGCUGCAUCGGGGCGGUCCAUCGUGUUGAGAACGAAAAGAAGGAGCAAGCCACAAACUUUUUAGCCAGCCUUUUGGAAAACUCCCUGCAGUUUUUCGACUCCGAGCAUAAGCACAGCUGA